AUGGCAACACCUGAAGAAUCUUUAUUUUGUCCAAUAACUUUUGAACUAUUUACGGAUCCAGUAUUAGCACAAGACGGUCAUACCUACGAGAGACAAGCUAUCGAAGAAUGGAUUCGACAACAUGGAACAAGUCCAAUAACCCGACAAUCUUUAUCUCUUGAAUACUUAUAUCCAAAUAUUCUUGUGAGACAACUGAUCGAUUCCUUUGAACAAUCCACUCGUAAUAAAAACUAUCAAUUUACACUUGGUAUCGAUGUGAAAAAACGAGAAAGUCAACCAUUUAUUCAAACAUUUGGAAAAUCAAUAUAUCGUGCUCAAUGGUUGCCCACAAACAGGGGUCGACCAGAAAUAAUUCUUUUAAAAAUUGAGGGUACUCGUGCAAGAAAAGAAGCGUCAUUCUAUGUAGAUUUAAGUCGUCAUCCGUAUAUUGUUCGAACAUUUGGUUUGGUAUAUGAUACUGAGAAUAAUCGUAAUGAUAAUUCAGUGAUGUUACUACAAGAAUAUGCACCUGAAGGGAAUUUGUUCCACAAAUUACAAGAUUGUAGUACGGUCAUCUACGAAGAGGUAUUUAUCGAAAUAUUUUUACAGAUAAUUGAUGCUAUGGCGUAUUUGACUCAUAACAAUGUUAUACAUGGUGAUUUAGCCUGUCGCAAUGUGCUUGUAUUUCGUUUCGACGCAUCUAAUCCAAGAAAUAAUCAUGUCAAACUUACCGACUUUGGUAUUAGUCGGAAUACUCAACUUUAUUCAAUGGAACCAGUUGCUGCACAAACACGAAUAAAUAUUGUUCCAAUUCGAUAUGCGGCACCAGAAAUACUUUCAUCAGAUGUAACAUACCAUGCUUAUACAGAGAAAUCCGACAUUUAUUCCAUGGGUGUUUUAAUGUGGGAAGCGUAUAAACGAGGUGAAAUACCGUGGUCAUAUAUUUCAGACGAUGAGGAAGUUAUUCGACAUGUACGAUCUGGACAACAUCUACUACAACCGCCAAAUUGUACUGUUGGUGAUUUCAACAACGAUACUAUACUUGAUAUUGUUGUCGUGAAUCGUGGCAAUGACACUAUUGGUAUAUUUCUUGGAUGGGGUAAUGGUUUUUUUUCAAGUCAAACAACGUUUAUGACCGGUUUUAAUUCUCAACCAAAUGCGGUUGCAGUUGGUGAUUUCAACAACGACACCUUGCUAGACAUUAUUGUUGCCAAUUAG